UCCUCGUAGGGGACCACAAGGUUCAUCCGGGGAUUCUCUAGAGCGGGAAAGACACACCUCCAUCCGGAAUGCGAUCCUUUAAAGGAAGUAGGUCCGUCCGGCGGACGUAGCCCGGGCGGGGCCUUCUGCGAGUCCCAACGCGGGCGUGUCCCUCUGAGGGCGACGGCUUGAGACCAGGCGGCACCCGGAGCGUGGGGCGGUGGCGGGCCGGCGGCGGCCAGCUUCUCCAAGUCCCAGCAGAGCCUACAUGAUGUCACAGCCAGGUCUCCCUCCCUGGUGGAGUGUCCUGGGGAUCAGGAUGGAGUCAGGAGGUCCUCUCUGACGUGUGAACAGUGACAGUAAUGAGGAUGGUUAUCUCUUUAAAGCCUAGACUGGCCUGGAACUUGUAGCCCUCCUGUCUCAGCUUUCCAAGAGCUUGGAUAAUAGGUGUGCUCACCACGUCCUGCUCCUGUGUCCUCUAUCUGGGUGACCCACGACACUGGCCAUCAUCCCACUCACUGAAGUGACCUCAGACAGCAAGUGCCACCAAUAUGUCCAACCCCUUCCUGAAACAAGUCUUUAAUAAGGACAAGACAUUCCGGCCCAAGCGCAAGUUCGAGCCAGGCACACAGCGUUUCGAGCUGCAUAAGCGGGCGCAGGCAUCCCUGAAUGCUGGGCUGGACCUGAGGCUGGCCGUGCAGCUGCCCCCGGGUGAGGACCUGCACGACUGGGUGGCCGUGCAUGUGGUGGACUUCUUCAACCGUGUCAACCUCAUCUAUGGCACCAUCAGUGACGGCUGCACUGAGCAGUCGUGCCCCAUCAUGUCUGGGGGCCCCAAGUACGAGUACCGCUGGCAGGAUGACCAGCGCUUCCGGAAGCCCACCGCACUGUCUGCGCCCCGCUACAUGGACCUGCUCAUGGACUGGAUCGAGGUGCAGAUCAACAACGAGGGCAUCUUCCCCACCAAUGUCGGCACGCCAUUCCCCAAGAACUUCCUGCAGACAGUGCGGAAGAUCCUGUCACGGCUCUUCCGCGUGUUCGUCCAUGUGUACAUCCACCACUUCGACCGCAUUGCGCAGAUGGGCUCCGAGGCGCACGUGAACACCUGCUACAAGCAUUUCUACUACUUUGUCACCCAGUUCAACCUCAUUGACCCCAAGGAGCUGGAGCCCCUGAAAGAAAUGACUGCGCGGAUGUGCCACUGACAGCCCCGGCCACUUGGCCUCUGAGACCUUCAGGACGCUGGCAUCAACAUCAUCCUGCAGCUGGGUAUGGCUGGCUGGCACUGCUGUGUGGGCUGCCUAGAACCCAAGGAUGGUAGAUUCCUGCUGCUCCCACUGUGACCACAAGAACUGUGAUUCCCUGAGCCCAUUGGCUCUCAGCCUCUAAGAGACUGAGCUUGAACUCUGAAGUGCUCUGAGCUCUCAGCUGCCAGGAUCUCACUGUGUGGAUGGACCAUGGCUUCCUGUGGGAGGCGGGAAGUUAGAACCACUGUCAUUCAUGUCCCCCUACCACUGCCCUUGAUGUCAUGGCCUUGGCACAUGUGGCCACAGCUCCAUCCCUACAUGUUGCCACAUUCUGCAUUGGGUGACCCACGGCAGCAGCCACAUCUCUAGAGGUACGAUGGGGCGCUGAGCCCCUCCACACCCUCUGGUGCACUUCUGGUCCAUCAGUGUCCCCAGAGCAUCCCAUUCACUCUGUCCAGGGCUUCUGGAUGCAUUGUCCUCUCCUCCACCCCGGGGUGGGACUUGGGUUGGUGUCCUUAGGCACCUUCACAUAUCAUAAAAAGGUUCAAGGCUGAGGACCUGAAGAGGUGGCUUGGUGGAUAAAGUGUCAUAGGCGCAAGCUCUGGGACCAGAUCCUGGCAAACACAUGCACACACACACCACAUACUUGCAAAACAAAAAAAUCAAGUUUGGGCAGGGCAUGGUGGCACACGCCCUUAAUCCCAGCACUCAGGGGGCAGAGGUAGGAGGAUCACUAUA